AUGGGCGUUCUGGAGGCUCCCCCCCGAGAGCCGGCGUGCCCGCGGGCUGGUUUUCACCUCCUUCCAGACUGGCCCUUGGCCAGAGCCCGGUGUGGUUUGGGGAGGGCAGGCACGGAGGGCUCGGGGUAUAGCCCCGCGAUGCUGUGCCCUGUAGGUGGCAGGGUGCUGGGCCUGGCUCCCACUCUGAGACUCUGGGCACUGCUCCUGGCUCAGCCACUGCAGGGAGCCUGAGCGUGGGGCUGAGGCUGGUGAGAGGCUCCGUGACAAAGGUGCCCUGUGGCUGCCUCUGUGCAUCCCCCUUCCUCACCGUGUGCAGUGCAGUGUGGAUACAGAGCUACAGCUCUCUUCGGAUUCACCAUCCUGUGGUUCUGCUUUUCUUGGCAGCAGGGCAAAAAGCACUCUGGGCAGCGGUCAGGCAGCCUGCUGCAGGAGCUGGAGCUGCUGCUGUCAGCCUGUCAACGAAGCAGUCAGGCACAGAGACCCAGCUUGAUGAGGGGUUUAUCAUUAGCAGCUCCCAGAGCACUUGUGGUGCUAAGCUAACACCUUCCUGCUCCAGGGGGUGACCUCGUUAGCUGGGCAGUCUGCUUUGUCUGCUGGCAGAGGUAGUGGGGAAUGUUGGAUGUGGAGUUUUGGGUACUGAGAGAUGUUUUGGGGGGUAGGGAAGAGAGUGGGGAGCUGGUGUGAGCUGUCUGUGUAGCCAUCUGUGCUUUAAUGAAGAAAAGCCUCCUGAAAGGAGGUUGGAGUGAGGUGGUGCUCAGCCUCUUCUCCCAGGGAACAAGUGGUAGGAUGAGAGGAAAUGGCCUCAGGUUGCAUCAGGAGAAGUUUAGGAUGGAUAUUAGGAAAGGUUUCUUCCUCAGAAGAGCCAUCAGGCACUGGAACAGGCUGCCUAGGACAGUGGUGGAGUCCCCAUCCCUGGAGGAGGUUCAGGCUGUGUGGGUUUGGAGCUCAGGGGCAUGGUCUGACAGCUGUGUGGGUUGGACUCCAUGCUCCUAAGGUCUUCUCCAACCAGGUGAUUCUGUGGAAGUGUGUGGCUGAUCAGCAUUUGAACACAGGGGAAGCAUCUGUGCUGCCAGUUGCCCAAUUCCACACCAGCUUAGCGAUGAAGAAGAGAUGUCGGGCGAGAGCGUGGUGAGCACCGUGGUGCCGGCGGCUGCCACUCGCACCACCUCCUUCAAGGGGACCAGUCCAAGCUCCAAGUAUGUCAAGCUGAACAUUGGUGGUGCCCUCUACUACACCACCAUGCAGACCCUGACCAAGCAGGACACCAUGCUCAAGGCCAUGUUCAGUGGCAGAAUGGAGGUGCUGACAGACAGCGAAGGCUGGAUCCUGAUUGAUCGCUGUGGGAAGCACUUUGGGACCAUCCUGAACUACCUGCGGGAUGGAGCUGUGCCGCUGCCGGAGAGCCGCAGGGAGAUCGAGGAGCUGCUGGCUGAGGCAAAGUACUACCUGGUGCAGGGGCUGGUGGAUGAGUGCCAGGCAGCCUUGCAGCAGAACAAAGACGUCUAUGAACCCUUCUGCAAGGUGCCAGUCAUCACAUCCUCCAAAGAGGAGCAAAAGCUUAUUGCCACGUCCAACAAGCCAGCAGUGAAGCUGCUCUACAACAGGAGCAACAACAAAUAUUCCUACACCAGCAACUCAGAUGACAACAUGCUGAAGAACAUUGAGCUGUUUGACAAGCUGUCCCUGAGGUUCAACGGGAGAGUGCUCUUCAUCAAAGAUGUGAUUGGAGAUGAGAUCUGCUGCUGGUCCUUCUACGGGCAGGGGCGCAAGAUCGCCGAGGUCUGCUGCACCUCCAUCGUCUAUGCCACUGAGAAGAAACAGACCAAGGUGGAGUUCCCAGAAGCUCGCAUUUACGAGGAGACCCUGAACAUUCUGCUCUACGAGUCUCAGGACGGGAGGGGCCCUGACAACGCCCUGCUGGAAGCCACGGGAGGGGCAGCAGGACGCUCCCACCACCUGGAGGAGGACGAGGAGCGGGAGCGCAUCGAGCGUGUGCGCAGGAUCCACAUCAAGCGGCCGGACGACAGGGCCCACCUGCACCAGUGAGCCCAGCAGGCUGGGCAGCUCCCUCCAGCACCUGCUCUCCUUCCCCUUUGGAGUGGUGUGGCCCAGGCAGUUCAGCUGCUUCUGUGCAGCAAAAGCUGCCAAUUACCUUUUGUAACGAGUUAGAUGAUCCCCGGAGUGUUGAAAUGCGGUAGGGGCUGGGGGAGAGGCAAGCAGGCGAUGGGAGCAGGAGCUGCUGAGCAUCUGGAGGAGCUGGCCUGGGUUUUUGGCACUCUUGUCUCUGCUGGUUUGUGGCUAGAGAGGAAGAGGCCUGGCUUCCUCUGGCUUCACUGAUUAGCCUGCACUUUAAAAACAAAGCAGAGCAAAGCCAAACAAAAACCCAGGUCAGCCAGCCCCAUCCACCUUCCCGCUGGGCACUCUGACCUUGUCUCCUGGGCACCAGGUAUGGGGCAAAGGCAGUGACUGACCCCCCCAGCUCUGCCUUUCUCCCAGGCCUGCAGCUGGCAGGGUUGGCAGCUCAAGAGUUCCUCAGUGUGACUCCCAGGGGACAAAUUCCUGUAGUGUUGGGAGUAGAGGGAGCUGCUUGAGCUGGCUGUGCCUCCCUACAGCUCUCAGGACCUGCUUCUCAAAGUGUUCAGUGGAGCUUUUGCAGCACUGAACCACAGAGACUCACCCACCCCCUGCUUUAUCCCUGCAGUUCAAGGGUGGAAGGUGUUAAAAUGCCUCCAAAAAGGAGGCUGGGGAGCAAAUGGUGUCUGAUUGUUUUUUUUACCUAUGGUAGUGUUGCUGCCAGGUAGGGCUUAGAGUGCCUGCCUGACUCUGGGUCUUGGCUGGGGAGCUCAUUUCUGUCCAGUUGUAGGGCAGGAAGCUGUGCUUUGAUUGCUGGUUCAGCUCUCUAAGUGAUAGAGGAGCAUGAUCUUGCUGUGAGGCACAGGGGAGAGGAGCAGGCAGUGGCCCAGAGGCAGCUUAUUCCUUGUUUGACUUUGUCCUGAGUGCAUUCCAGGUCUUCAGAAGAGGCAGCUGUGUGUGGAAGGGCAGAGGUAGUGCUGUGUGUGGAGAAGCCCUCUGCAGUCUACUUUUCCAAGAGUACUUUUCUAUUCUAAAGGACUGUUUUAUCUACCUCCUGCUCCCUGGGUGCCUGCUGUGGAGUCCAGUAACAGUUCUGGUGGAAGAUUAGGCAGUAGGACUGGAGGAGAAAGGAGACUGAGCAGAGGCACAGCUCUGAGGGUUGGUGGCACAAAGCCUGAGGGGCAGAGAAAGCUGCUGGAGGGAGGCUGAGAGGGGCAGUCAGGCUGAGCAGACACCACAGUGCUGUGCCCAAGGUGGGGGUUUUCAUCUGGAGUACCUAGUGCCAGCUGUUCCAGAUGAACCAGACCACUCCAAGAGGGCAGCAGCUCCCUCCUCUGUUCCUCACUGAGGUGGUUUGGGUAUUUGCUUUUGCCCAGCCUGCUGCUGCCCCUGGCUCAGGGCUGCUAGUGGCAGCAUUGGCACUUGACAAACCAAAGGUGUUGUCACCUCAGCGGCUGCUCCCUUGGGUUUCAUGUGGCACUUACACUCCAGCUGCAUCCAGCUUGGCUGGAGAGGCUCAUGUGGAGCACUGAGGGACAGUUUUGAGUCAUGAAGCAAAGCUAAAACAGUUUCAGAGUCAGGCUGGGUCAUCUUUCUAGUAACCAAAGACUUUUCUAAGCUCCAGGCAGCUGCUUUCUGGUUGUCAUACCCAUCUCCUCUUCCCUUUUCAGCCACUGCUUCAGGAACUCCAUCUCCUGUAGUGCAGCAGCUUUGCUCUGUCCUGGCCUUCCAGGUUCUGUUUGGAGCUGUAUUUACAUCUCUUUGCAACACACUCUGGGUUUGGGGCAAGUCCAUAGUGCAGAAGCCAGAAGGACCCAGUGCCUCCCCCUCCUUACCUUCCCUCUGUGCUAAGCUGGAGAGGAGGGAAGGGAAGUCCUUGGAACUGCUUUGUUUCUCCAGCACUCUGAACUUUGACACCUUGCUGGGCAGCUCUAAGAGCUGCUGCCCUGCACAGGACCUGGACUGAAGUGCUGUGUGAAGCCCUUCAGUCUGAUUCCUGUGCUCCUGCUAGGGGCAGGAGGGGAAGAGGAAACCUCAGCCCAUUCCUGUAGGACACAUGGAGAGUCCUGCAGCAAACUCCACUCCCUUGAGCUCUAGAGAGCUGCUUUCUCCUGUCAGACAGGAGGGACAGGCCAUCAUCAUCCCCAGCAGUGCUUAGCUCCCCACUUUACCCACCCAGGGAAGGCUCCAGCACCCCAGUCCCUGCUGCUGGGACAGAGCCCAGCCUCAUCCUGUGGUGCAAGGAGCAGGUUGAGCUCCAGGAGGUGACCCUGUGGCCACCACUGCUAAGCACCCAACAGGUCACAUCUAUGUGAUUAACUUCUCUGUAAAUAGAUUCUUAACUGGCUUCAGGAGUCCCUCUUUAGGGUUUUGCAGACUUAAGUUGUUAAAAACCAGGAGCUGAUGGUUUUUAAUCUCUCUGCAGUUAUUCCUGUAGCUGCUGGUUGAGUUCAGUCACUCCAGGAGAGUUUCAGUGUUGUUGCUGGAUUUAAGGGCAGACUCUGCCUUACCACGCUCCUGCCCUAGCCCUUGGUGUGCUGCUGCUGUGGGAAAAGAUCCUUUGCCUGCUGGGCACUUGGCCUGGGAGGGGAGACUUUGUUAAUGCCAUUGCACAAAUGCUCUCAGCUCCUGAGCCUUUUUACUGUAACUGGUUUUACUCUACAGCUAUGGGGUGAGGGUGGGGUUCAGGGCAGCUUUGGAGGCGAUCUGGCACUGCCUGGGGUUAACAGGGGGCACAGAGCUGGCUGUACAGACAGCAGGAAGGGCAGGAGAGCAGAGCUGGCUAAAACCUUGCUUGGUCCAUCAUCAGAGAAAGGAAGAGCUGGAUUAAAAGUCUGCAGCUUGUUACAGUGUUAGGGCUGCAGCAUUGAGGCAGGAACCACCACCAGCCCCUGGCUCCAGGCUCCUUACCUGGGUGUUUGCUCCUACCCGUAGCAAUGUGGCUGUGGCCCCAAAGCAGCUGCUCCUGCAUUCACAGCAGCAGCUUUUGGAUCUCACCUGAUGGUCAGAGCCUUGGUAGAGACUCCAAACUCCCAUCUGACCUUGGAGCAAAGGGUGGGCAGAACCUUUCCAGUCUUUUGAGUCGUUCCAUUUCACGGACAAGAGCAGCAAAUUCAUCUGUUCUGUACAAUCAUUCCCUCCCAUUUGAUACUUCUGCAGGAACAAAGCUUCAGCUGGAUUCAGUCUAUGGUUGAUAUUUGCAGUAUGUCCUUUUUUUUUUUUGAUAUAACACAAUAAAUUAGAAGUUAUUUCCUAUUUACACUUGA